CCUUGCAGUUUUUACCCAUGGGGAAAGAAAGAAAACGGCUCUACCGUGUCUCCGUGUACUCCGUAGGUAGGUAUGCACACACAGACACAUACGCACAUAGUAUGCAGUACGUGCAUAGUAACAGACGAUGCGAUCUGAUCUCAUGGGUGGAUGAUGGAUCGAUCGGGUUGGGUAUCCACACAGGCAACGCAACCAGAUCUACCCAUCUAUACCUAAUCUACCUUGGCAGGUAAGGCAAGGGUUGAAAGCUCUUUGCAGUGUAGAUCUAGACGACCUAUACCAAGUAAACCAACUGUCACUUCUUAAUUCGUCAGCGCAUAACUUCACCACCCAGUAACAAUCCUGAGGUAAGUAAGUAGAAGGUAGAGUAGAUGAUAUGUCCGAUCUCCAUC